AUUUUGCAACGAUGACGACGAUAACGACGUCGGCGACAUAUUCGACGAGGCUGAGAACGACGACGACGACGACGACGACGACGACGACGGCGACGACGCCGACGAUGCCGGCGACGACGGCGACACGAGCAGCGCUGCGUAACCUUGCGACGAAACGCUCGCCUUGUGCGAUGGCUGAUCGAGCGCACCCAGAUGCAUCGGUCCUUCUGAAUGGAACGACUGGAAGUCCUUAUCGGUGCCGUCUGUAGCGCGAACGCCUGCUGUGGAAGCUUUGAUCCUUAACGGCCAUUGCAUGGAAGCUUCGGAAGCUUGGAUGGGAGAUAAGGGAGGGAAGACGACGAGCACGACGGCUAGAGCGAGGAGUACAGCAAAUGCGAUCAGCGUAAUUCGCGUGCGAGCGCGAUUGGCGGCGGAGAACGCGGAGAAGGCGGAGGGAUCGAAGAAGGUAGAUAAGGGGGAAGAUCGAUCUGCGGUGGGAAACUGUUUGGUGCCACUGGUAUCCUGCGACGGAGAUUGGGCGUGGUAGAUUCGCUGACUGGCGGGAGGCGAAUGGUUUCCGGGCGUCGGCGAUGAUUGCUGUUGGGAGGGUGCAUUCAAGUUGACCGUGGGGACGAGGUCGUCUAGUCGGCAGUCUGAUGUGCAAUAUGAUGAGCUCGAGGAUUUGGAAGGCGGAGACGACCCAGCCAGUGCCAUGUUGAACCUCUAAGCUCGUUGAAGAAUGUCCAAGCUCGUCCAAGAACGUCCAAGCUCGUUAAAUCUCCAAGUUAAUAAGUACUGUGAGCUCUAGGCUCAUUUUAUAAUGACUAUGCCGUUGAGCAAUUAGGCGGUUAUCGGGUGAUGGGAAGGAUUGGGAUCAAGUCUGAAUGGGAAAGGCU